AUGGAAUAUGUUGAGCUGGCGGCGAUGAAUGCAGAGGAAAAAGUUGGGUGGGAAGAGAUUGUGGAUUCGAGAUUUGAUAUACAAGAAGUGAAUGAAGUGCGGCUUUUGACUCGUGCACCAAGAAAACGUCCCAACAUGAGGGAUAUUGUGCAGGUUUUGACUCGCGACGUUAAGGUUAGACAUAGCAGAAAACAUCAGAGGAACUAUCCUUCUCCGCCUCCUCGUACGAUGGAGGCCGGUGGGGAGCUAACCAGAACCAGAUCAAUUCGGUCGGAAAAUCAUCGUAGGGAUAAUUCUAUUGACAGUGCAAUUGAAGACUAG